AUGAGUUCUUCAGAGAUUCCAUCGAAAACCCCCCAAUUUCCAAGCUCCGAAUCUCUAUUCAAAGAUCCCAUUGAAGAACUAAGCUCAAAGAUGCCGCAACACACUUGCAAACGUGGAGUCGCACUUUUGUUGAAGGGCGAAACUGCUAGAAGGAAAAUUGAAUUUUCGUCUCCGCGAAAGAUUAUUAAAUUGGCUGACAAAUCAUUGGAGCUUCCUGAAAAGUAUGAAAAUUUGGGUGAGUUUUUCAAUAGCUUGGAUAGUUCGAUUCGAUUGUUGCGAUUGAAAGGGGAAAUGACUUCGUUCACUAAUAUCAGGCCAAAGAUUGAAACUUUAACUAAGAGGAGGUUUACAUAUGGUCAUUUGGCUCAAUUAAAGUUUAUAUUACCUGAGGCAAUUGCUAUUAAGGAGAUAUUAGUGUAUGAUACAAGAACGAGUUGCAUGAAGCCGGAUUUUCAUGUUACUAUAAACUCUGAUGCAGUAGAGUUUGAUGCCAAGUUGAUAUCUGAACCUGGGACUAUAUCUAUGAGGAAGUUAUUUCGUGCAAGGCUCAAAGAUUUUUGGGAAUCUCAUCCAAAGGAUGAUGAAAUUCCAGAGGAAAUACUGCCCGAGCCAUUCAAUCACCCAAAACAAGAGCCUCUUUUACCCAUGUUUAAAACUCCCUCAAUAUUCUCCGCAGCGACAUUGUCAACUAGUGACAAUGCUGUUAAUAUAGACCCUGAUGUCUCAGUGCCCAAUGAGACAUCACUUGAGGCUCUUUACCAGCAGCCAGCACUUGCCGCCUCUCAUAUGCCUCAAUCUUUUAGAAAACGGUUUUCUCAGAGAGUGAAGGAAAAUGUUCACCCAAAAUUUCCAUCAGAUUCCUUCCAACCUUCAGCUGUCCCAUUAUCAGAGUUACGCAUGAAGAUAAAUUCCACUUCUGAGGUCACUUUAUCUCAUCAGAUAACUUCUCCAGCUGAGUUGGUUUUAGAAGCACCCAGUAGUGAAGCAUGUUCAUCCAGGGUUACCCCAGCUACACCUAGUAAAACCAUUGAGUGUUCUGAAAUCAAAGUUGUAUCUGUUGAAAGAGUUGAAGAUAUGUCAACUCCAUUGAGAUUUGUGUCAACUCCAUCCAGGCUGAUGUCAGCAACACCUGAAUUGGAGCCUCCUAAAAGGCCUUCAAUCCCCUAUGACAACUCUGCAAGCUCAUCAGACAAGUUGGUUAAGCGUCCACCUCCGUCAAGGUCAUUGAAUUUUGACACUCCAGAAAAAUGA